AUGAAUCCCCCCACCUUGCCGGCCGAAGAGGUUAUCCCGUUGAUCCUAAGGUUAGUUGGCAGCAACAACGUGCUUUGCGGGGUUGAGGAUCAAUUGUGUGAAUAUGGUUACACCCAACUGGCCCAAGUUGUCGCCGAGCAGACGGAUACCCCUGUCGAUUUGACGCCUAGUUCGAAAUUAGCGGAAUUGCUCUACAUCGCAAAGGAACAAGGUCGAAACACC